ACAUCGAUAUGAAUAGCAAGGAGGAGGGAGGUCUUCUCACCUCAGGGUCAGACGAGGAUGAUGAUGAAUUUGCUUCGGGCAGCUUCCCAAAAUCAGAGUUAGACAUCGAGGCUUUGGCAGAGAAACUGGUUCUAUCGGGAGAGCGGAAGAACAUCGCCGAUGAAUUCUCUGUUUCAAACACAUUCCUUCUCGACGGAGAUUCCUUGCUGCUUUUUAUCCUCUUCAACUCAUCGGUGGACGUCAGUUACGGAGGGCAAUACUUACAUCUGGUGUAUGCAGUCGAGAGGUUUCUGGGAAUGCUCUACGAAAGAGGGGCAGUGCUCGUUAUCAUCUUCUUCGAAAACACGCUGAAACUAUGGAAUGAAAAUCCGACUUUACUAUUAGCAAGACCGGUCAUUCACACACACCUGGAGAAGAACUCGCCCUGUCGCGUUCUCUCCUUUCCAUCUAGUUGCCAUGUGGACUUCCAAAAUCGCAUGAAUGCAUCGGUGCUGUGCCAUUCUGGAGAAGUUGAUGCAAAACGGAUUCCAGCCAUCAUUCCAUUAGGCAUUAUAUCUUGCCUCAAGUUGGAAAUGGCAAAAAUUAUUGAAAUACUCAGGACAAGAGACGAUCUUGACUUCACAAAAAUCGCGGAUUUGAUGGACGGAAGAAUGUUUCUCAAGAUGCUUACUCUGGCUAAGAAAGAAAAGACAAUAACAGUCACACAGCCAGUUCACGACCAUUACAUGGAACUCUCGAGAUGCUUUAAAAAGGCAGCCCCUCUGUCGGUGGUCACCGCGAGGGAAAUUCUGGGCGAGAAACCAGAAGUAGGAGAAGCGGACACCUUACCCAUCCAGGCGGAAUGUAUUUCCAAGUCAGUUCUGCUGGUGCAGAAAUUCCUACCGGAUUUUCAUGCACCAUUAUCUGAUAAUCUACCGAACCUCCCAUUCUUGAAGGAAGUUGCAUGGGGUGACACGGAUAUGCCUCCUGACUCACUAAACAAGUAUCAUUACCAUGUCGGCAAAGAAAUCCUGACCGAGAAGGAAACGGCCAUCCGUAACGCUAGGAAGCCAAAGGAUUACUGGGAACAACGAAUAGAAAACACACAGAAACACAAACAGAAGUUGGUAAAAUUCAUGCGCUUCUACGGAGAUUCACUGGAAGGUCGCGAUGUCUCCGAACAGAUUGCCGUCGUAGAACAGACCAUAAAACGUAAGAAAACUGGUGUGAGCAAAAAAGGAGAAUUGAUCAAGAAUAAGAAUACAAAGAAGAAGAAAGAAGAGCAGAAGCAGCGCGAACUCCAGCAAUUUCGGGAGGUGAAGGAAAAGUGGAAAUUGGAGUUGAAGAGAUUCCAAUUUGAGACGGUCAGGAAAGAAAUCACUGUGAAGAUGAAACAAUUUCAAGAUGUUGAAAUUCAAACGGAUCUGCUCAUCUUACGAUUAUGUGUUUCUAUGAAACUUUGGAGAAAAGAUUCUGUUUCCACAACAGUAAGCAUUUUCAUGGACAUACGGAAACUUCUCGAAGAAACCCGAGAAAUCUUGAAGCCAAGGCAAAUGGAAAAAAUUACCGAAGUUCUGAAUACGAUUGGUUUCCCAGAUAUAUUGCAGAAACUGAAACUCUCCAAUAAUGAUGUGAAGAGGAAGGAUGGGGAAUCCAGUAUCCGCUUUCAAAUGUUACACAUGGGCCCACAUUUGAAGCGUGAGUACAGAACCGAUCCCGAUCCCCGGAUCAACAAGUUCAUUCCAGACACGUGGCAAAGGCAAAUGUUCGAUGCUAUCGAUAUGAGCCAGUCAAUGCUUAUUGUCGCCCCCACCUCAUCAGGUAAGACCUAUGCAUCCUACUACUGCAUACGCAAGGUCCUCCAGAUGGAUAACGAGAGCGUUGUCGUGUACGUUGCGCCGACAAAAGCUCUUGUGAAUCAGGUCGCAGCGACCGUGUACGCCAGAUUCAAUCAGAAGGUGAUGCCCGCUGGGAAGGCUGUUUUGGGGGUCUUCACCAGGGACUAUCGAGAGAACGUGCUCAACUCCCAGGUUUUAAUUGUCGUGCCUGAGGCC